AUGUAUGAAGAAAAUAGUAUUCACUAUUAUGGCAAUAUUGGACUAACAGCAAUGGUAAAUAGUGUUGAGUAUAUUAACCGACGACUUGAUAUAGAAAAACCAAAAAGUGGUAUUGGUACUUUACUUUUCGGCAUUAUGAAAUCAUUAAAUAGUGAUAAAUUAUUGGGAUGGUGCUAUACACUUAUGGAAAAUGAUGGGUUUUGGUCACUGAUGCAAGUACAAAUUCAAGAUUUCUUUGCACGAGAAUUUAUCUAUGGUAAAUCAAUAUUAUGGUCAUUAUCAAAAGGUAAGACAUGGUGUCAAAACUAA